AAAGUUUGGGAGUGCUCUCGCCGUGUAGUUGGAGGGUACGACGAUCUUUUUUUUUUUUACACGAUCUGCCUUGUUGUUUGACUUUGGUGGAAAUGAAGUGGAUUUAACUCAUAAUUUUGGACAUAUUCAAAAUAUAGUUUCAAUCGCGUUGUUUCGAUUUUAUUUUAAGUUUUCACGGCGCGCUGCAACCAAGACUCGCCCUGUCUGCGGGUUCCCGACCAUGACGACAACCUUUCCCGAUCGCUUUGAGUUUGGAAAUUAGCCAUUCAUCGCCCCCCCCCCCCCCCCAAAAAAAAAAGACGGUUUGAAUUAAAUGUAGGUCUAAAAAGUGGAAGCGGGGGGCUUAUGAUGAACUUUGGUCCGCUGAGGGUCUGCUGAAAGCAAAUAAUGUCGGCAGUGGUUCGCACUCUUCGCCGUUGUCUGCUGCCGGCUGAGGCGAGCCGGGAGGCGGGCGGCAGCAAGGAGAACAGCCGGGGAAGGAACGCCGGCCAGGAACGUGAGGCUCGUCGGAGGAGCCGGGAAAUAGACGCCAUGCUCGCCCGGGAGAAGAGAGCCGUGAGGCGGCUCGUGAAAAUCCUGCUGCUCGGGGCCGGAGAGAGCGGGAAGUCGACUUUUCUCAAGCAGAUGCGCAUCAUUAACGGACAAGAGUUUGACAAGAAAGCACUUUUGGACUUCAGGGACACUAUUUAUGAAAACAUACUUAAGGGCAUGCGCGUAUUGGUGGAUGCCCGUGACAAGCUUGGCAUCAGCUGGCACAGCUGCGAGAACGAAAAGGAAGGCAUGCUGGUGAUGUCGUGGGAGAGACGGGCUGGCGCCGUGGGCAUCGAGCCCGACGAGUUCCAGCUGUACGUGAUGGCACUGAGCGCGCUGUGGGCCGACGCCGGCAUCCAGCAGGCCUACGCCAGGCGCUCCGAGUUCCAGCUGAGUGAGUCAGUGAAAUACUUCCUGGAUAACUUGGAGCGUAUCGGUCAGCUGAGCUACAUCCCAAGCAGGCAGGACAUUCUCUUCGCCCGCAAGGCCACCAAAGGCAUCGUCGAGCACGACUUUGUCAUCAAGAAGAUUCCCUUCAAGAUGGUGGACGUGGGCGGGCAGAGAUCGCAGAGGCAGAAGUGGUUCCAGUGCUUCGACGGAAUCACCUCCAUCCUCUUCAUGGUGUCGUCUUCCGAGUACGACCAGGUCCUGAUGGAGGACCGCCGCACCAACCGCCUGGUGGAGAGCAUGAACAUCUUUGAGACCAUCGUCAACAACAAGCUCUUCCUUAACCUCUCCAUCAUCCUCUUCCUCAACAAGACCGACCUGCUGGUGGACAAGAUCCGGACCGUCGACAUCCGCAAGAACUUUCCCGAGUUCAGGGGAGACCCGUGCAGGCUGGAGGACGUGCAGGCGUUUCUGGUGCAGUCGUUCAGCCGAAAGCGGAGAAACCGAGGCAAGCCGCUGUUCCACCACUUCACCACCGCCGUGGACACCGAAAACAUCCGCUUUGUCUUCCACGCCGUCAAGGAUACCAUCCUGCAAGAGAACCUCAAGGACAUCAUGCUGCAGUAACACUCAAAGCAUUCUUGACUCUUAGGGGCGGAGGCGAGGGGGAACCUGUGGACGCCCGACGGGACCGGGCUGUUUUAACAGCGACUUGGAAAGGAAUCUAAUGGACCCGCUGCGUGGUUCGAACGCAACCUGUGGAGCCGUGACCCAACCCAUCUGAUACAUUCCAAUGCGUACAGUAUCAGUCAGCGUGUAUUGGAGUCACAUUCUUGCCUUUCGAACAACACAAGCACUCAAAGUGUGUGUGUUUAGUUUAGUUUAGUUUUUUAAAUAGAUCUCUAAAGGACUGCUGACAACACAGUCACUAAAUCAAGUCAGGAGACGAAAUGGGAGGGAGUGGGGAGGGAGGGGGUCCGCAUGACCCAGGGUUGGUGCCAUUGAGGUCAUAUGCGGCAUUAUGUGAUGAGCUUGCUCAAGUGUCCUGUCGGUGAACUUGGAGCCAGAGAGGAGGUGAUGAUAUUGAUCUCGCGUCAGUAUGUCUUCUCGCGUGGAUUUGUUCAUUUGUCCAGUCACUCAUGCAUACUAGUGGGGCAAACUGCAUGUUCAUAGUACUAAAAGUGACUUCAAAUUAUACCACUGAACAACUGGUGCUUCACUAGUAGUACUACAGCAGUUGCAGUAAGUACUGCAGUUUUACCUCACUGGUAAACUGAAUUUGUCCUCCGGGUAUGCCCAAGUUGUCCCUGUUAGUGUACAUAAACGUCAAAAAUGGGGAAUGAUUUUGAAAAAUACAGUAAUUAUUAUAAUUUUAAAAUAUGUAAAAAAAAAAAAGUCAUGUUGGGAUACUUUUACUCGAGUUUAAAAAAGAGACAAUUCACAUGAUCUUUUUUUUCCUGCGUAAUGCAUUUUGUUGAGGUAUCAGAUCGAGAGUUGGUACCGGUAGAAACUCUUUAAAAAAAAAAUGUGACUCAAAACAUCUCGAAACCAGACUGCCGUACAACUCCCAAAAAUUUUAAGAGCAAAUUAAAACAUCGAACAGACACAUGUUCCUAAUAAAUAAGAAAACAUGUCAGACGUUUUGUAUGGCCACUCAUAAGAAAAAGGUCCCAACACCGCCAGCUCCAAAGAGUUAAUGAGCACUUCCACAUGUUUUUAAUACGGUGCAGUGUUACAGCUGUCUAAUUUAUCUGUUUGGAAUUGAACCGAUGCCCCUUUGUUCCUGCUCAUAUUUCCUGUAUAUACAAGAGUGUUCAAAUGUCUGCCACUGUGUGUGUAAAAAAAUACCACUCUGUAACAGCAGCACUGUAAAUGCACAACUAACCCACUUGGCACACCAUUGUUUUUGAAAAAUUAAGGUGUAAAUAGAUAUCGUCACAGCACUGGAUACAUGCUGAGACAACAACAAAGGACAAAACUGUGGCGUGAAGGAAAACGAAAAAAGGAUGGAAAACAGGACAGAGGACAGAAUAGAGGCUCGCUAAAGUCUUGGUGCCGUUCUCUUGUUUUGACCUUCUGCUUUUGUUUUGUUUUUUCUUUCUCUGUGCCUUUAUUGGCUCUGUGUUUUGGGGUGAAAUACACUGUCGUUUACCCAGA